UGUAGAGAAAGUGGCCACAAUUUGGAGAGAAAAUGACCCCAUAUUGUCUAGGGCUAUUUACACUAUAACCCCUGAUACCUCAAAGACGGAAGACGUGUUGAAUCAACACCGCCUAUCGACCACGCAGUCCAUGAUCAGUUAAUUACUCGAACCUGAAAAUGCGACAGCAAUUGUUUGCUAUAUUGAUAUAUUUUAUUUCUCCAAUCUCAAUGGGGGUCUUUUUCAAUUUGAAUGUACUUGUUUGUUUCUAACAAAAUUAUAUAUUUUCAGAGGCUAAGCGUUGGCACUUUUCAGGAUGAACAGACGUGUGUAGCUUGAACUAACCGUUAUGCAAUGUGAUGCCUACCGGGCCACUUGGCCAAUGAGCUAUUGCGAGAACCUUUCAACAAAUUCAUGUCAGGGGCCACACUAUCCCCCUUAUUAUAUCGCAUGAAGGAUGACAAAUCUAGACAGUGACCAGCAGGUGACGGGUUUACCCAGCAGGUCAUUUUCAUCUGACACUUUCAGCGAGGACCACAUGCGUUUUAGCUGAUCACUACACUAUUAUUUGAAGAUGGAAUACGAGUUCGAAUAUACCCAGGAGUUUGAGAACAACGAAAGUGUCGCGCUUGCCAAAGCCAGCUUUUGUAAUGUUACAGGAUACAGCUUCAAGAAAACAACAACUAAGAAGCACUUCAACAAAAACUAUAUCCCGACGGCCACAGAUAAACCGCGGAUUCUGCUGAAUGGCAGGAAUCAAAGUCUGAAGCCAAAAGAUGAUACCCUGUAUAUCAUUGUAUCAUCGCAGACGUGGGAUUGUAAAUACGGAAAAGGGCGCAAAGAAAAGAAUAAGGAAGAACCACCAGCUGAACACCAGUAUGCCAGGAAAAGAACCAGGGAGCGACUGUUCACGACACCAAAACUGGACUGUGGCGCAAAACUGCAUGUCAGAGAGAUGCUGUGUUUUCCAUAUGCAAAGGUGACACUGCAAAUCCACAUGUAG